AUGCGGCAUGAUCGCACAUCAUCGAGCGCCAACAAAUGGAUGCCUAUCGCCAAGGAGUACGACCCACUGAAAGCUGGCAGCAUCGACGGCACAGAUGAAGAGCCCCACGACCGGGCCGUCUGGCGGGCAAUGCUGGCCCGUUACGUCCCCAACAAAGGCGUCACAGGAGAUCCCCUCCUCACCCUGUUUGUGGCUAGGCUCAACUUGCAGACUAAAGAAGAGAAGUUAAGGGAGGUGUUUUCCCGGUAUGGUGAAAUCCGGCGGCUCCGGCUGGUUAGGGACCUUGUCACUGGCUUUUCAAAGGGCUACGCCUUCGUGGAAUACAAGGAUGAGCGGUCCCUGGUCAACGCAUACAGAGAUGCAGAUGGCCUGAUUAUCGACCAGAACGAGAUCUUUGUAGACUAUGAGCUGGAAAGGACACUCAAAGGCUGGAUUCCCCGGCGGCUCGGAGGGGGACUGGGCGGCAAGAAGGAAUCGGGACAGCUGAGAUUCGGGGGCCGGGACCGACCUUUCCGGAAACCCAUCAACCUGCCCGUGGUAAAGAAUGACCUCUACCGAGAGGGGAAAAGAGAAAGGAGGGAGCGAUCACAAUCCCGGGAAAGGCACUGGGACUCGAGGCCGAGGGAUCGAGACCAUGACAGGGGCCGGGAGAAACGGUGGCAGGACAGAGAGGCCGCCAGGGCAUGGCCCGAAAACAACUGGGAGAGGGACAGGGACAGGGACAGAGACAGAGACUUUAGGGAUGACAGGGUGAAGGGCAGGGAGAAGAGAGACAGAAGUAAAUGA